CCGGACCGUCUCCGGAGUCCGAGCGAAGCGGGUGGAAAUGGAGACUCGGACGACGCGCCGGCCGGCCAUGCUGCCCCUGCUGUGGUUUCUGAGCAGCGCCUGGAUCUUAGGCCCCGCCACUGCGAUGCAAGUAACAGUGCUGAACCCCUUCAAUGUAGCCAUCCUGUUUCAGCCGGUCACGCUGCAGUGCAACUACCAAACCACAGCCACCCAGCCACCCAUUGUUCUGUGGAAGUACAGGUCUUAUUGCCGGAGUCGCCUGGCAGAUGCUUUUAACCCCAGCAGCCAAGAGAGCCAGAUUAACAGCCAGCUGCAGCAGAGCAACCCCGGCUACAACCCCUACGUGGAAUGCCAGGACAGCUCCAGGACUGUGCGUGUGGUGGCCACCAAGCAGGGCAACACAGUGACUCUUGGCCAGUUCUACCAGGGCCGGCGAAUCACCAUCAUCAAUGAUGCUGACCUCAGCAUAGAACAGACGGCAUGGGGGGACAGUGGGGUUUACUAUUGCACCGUGACGUCCUCCCAAGACUUGCAAGGCAACAACGAAGCCUAUGCCGAGCUCAUCGUGUUGGACUGGCUCUUUGUGGUCCUGGUGGUGCUGGGCUUCUUCCUCAUGGUGCUGCUGUGUGGGAUCUGCUGGUGCCAGUGCUGCCCUCACACCUGCUGCUGCUACGUCCGAUGCCCCUGCUGCCCGGAGAAGUGCUGCUGCCCGAAAGCACUCUACCUUGCAGGGAAAGCAGCGACUGCUGGAGCUCCCAGCGUUUAUGCCCCCAGCCUCUACACAUCCAGCAACCCGUUGCGACCAGCGCCCCCAGGCACCGUUGUCCCAAUGGGCUCCAUCGCUCCCAUGUACAACGGCUAUGGAGCGGAUUACGACGGGGCCAGCUCAGUUGGCGGAAACAGUUCCCAGGUGCCUCUCCUGAGGGAUUCCGAGAGUGCCGCUGUUCGCAGUGGGUACCGCAUCCAAGCCAACCAGCAGGACGACUCCAUGCGGGUGCUGUACUACAUGGAGAAAGAGCUGGCCAACUUUGACCCCACUCGCCCGGGCCAGCCGAAUGGAAGGCUUGAGAAAGCCUCCGUGAUGAGUGAACUGAGCUCUCUGCACGAAGAGGAUCGGCGCUACGAGCUGCGGCAAGGCUUAGGGCGGCUGCGUGGCCAGGCCAUGUCUCCCAUCAGCGAUGUGGAGGAGGAGAGCCUCCGGGGCAGCGAGAACAGGCGCCUGCUGCCCCCUGCGCGGCGGGAGCGCCACGAGGACUCGCCCCCACGCAGCUACGCCCGACGCCCACGAUCCCGCUCCAUGGAUGCUCUGGAUGAUUGGGACAGGGACUCCUACCCUGCCCGGCCCAGAAGUCGGGGCCGCCGUGGCUCGGAUGAGGAGUGGCACCACCGCGACUAUUCCCCAGACUCCCGCAAUGACUAUGAGCGCUAUGGUGGGCGGCGCAGCCGGAGCAGGGAUGAUCUGCGGGACGUGGAGAGGUCUCACUACGAUGACCGGUUCUUGGAGGAAGCCCUGCACAAGAAGCGGCGGGCCGGCAACCGUGAGGAUCUGGACCAAGCAAGCGCCUCCAGUGGAAGGUCUGGCAACCGGAAGCAUCGAGAUGACGACAGCAAUGGCUUCCCACCACCGCCACCACCUCCGUACACAGAGACGGAGUCCGUCUCUUCCCAUGGCAAGAACGACCGCAAGCUCCGGAAGAAUCAUGCUGUCAGUAGAGAAAGUUUGGUGGUUUAACGGUUUCCAUUUCUACACCUCUUCCUUGGGCGGAUGAGAGGAGGACCUGAGCCUGGGAUGGUUCCAGCUCGGUUUGUUGGUGUCCAUUUUAUUCAGCAGGGCUCUGAAGGCGGAGCUCUCAUGUAUCCAGCUGUCGACGGGACAGGACAACGGAAUAACACUUGGGGAACUGUGCCUCUGUGCCUUCUUUUAACCUCAUUGGCUGUAGGUUGAGAUUCCUGGGUUUGGGUACCAAGUUUGCACUGCAGGAGAACACUUACCAUCCUUUUUGGUACCCUUUUCAAACUUCAAGUCUAGAUUUCUAUUUUUAAAUGUAGUUUCAUAAGCAGAGACUCAAAAUUUGUUCCUCUAUGACUGGAAAGAAAUGGCCUUAUUCAACUAAAUGCCAGAUGGGAAUUCACCUGUUUUUUAUUAUUUUAUAAUGUUUAAGAUUAUUCCAAAGAGAACCACUUGGCUGUAUUUUCCAUUUAAUUUUAAAGCAAUUGAAACACAUUUGUUACUUAUGUCAUGCGGCCUUUUGUAUGUAUGAUUUUUUUUCUGGGGGAGGAAGGGUGUUUGUUUUUAGCUGCUGGUGCUAUAACUACUCUGAAAUAAUGAGCAGACAGAUUUUCUAAUUUGUAUACAUUUUUUUAGAUUACAAUUGCAUAGAAAUUAAAAUAAAAUGCGUAGAAUGGAAAUCUUUGCUAAAGUGUAAUACUAGAAGGCAGUGGACAGAAGAUGUCCUCACUUAGUAACUUUGCUGUAUGGAGGUGCAUGCCACUCGUCCCUUCAUUUCACAACCCCUGCCACAUGUCCACUCCCACGAUCGCUGUCUCCCAAGGCCACGGCUUUCUUG